AAAUCGUAACUUUAAGGGUGUGUGAAGUGAAAAACCCUAACUGGCCACAGAGUAGCCUCACUACGCUCACCCUGCCGCCCUCCUCUCUCUCUUCUCUCAGUUUCUUCACUUCUUCUCCCGGUAAGCUUCCGGCUCACACCAGUAUGGAUGGGAAAGGAUCCGCUUCAGCAAGUGGUAGUGCGCUACCGACUCUUGAUUUGAAUGCUCUACUUGGGAGGCUUACGCUGGAUAAGCACUUAGAGACAGAGAAUCCCUUUGAUAAUAAUAAAAUCACUCCCUUUUAUCAGAGAAUUUUUAGAUCUCUCAUUGGGGCUAUUUCUGAACUCGAGUCAAGAGGGAUCACUCGUGGUUACCUCCAGCCCCAUCAAAUCAUGGUUGGUGGUGGCCCUUGUCAGUUUGUGAGGGCUUGGCUGUUACCUAGACCAGAGGAGGACAAUCCGACCGCGCCUACCUUCAGGAAGCAGUUUGAUUCCCUAGUACGGAUGAUCCUUGGUGAACGAGACUUGUCGAACUUGGAGUUGAAUAAUUUUCUCCACAUCACAGCUUCUGCUGCUUCUGGAGGACAGAGUUUAUUCAAUUUUAGGCAACUCCAAUGGCAUCCAGUACUGUUGUCAUCUGCUGAAUUGCCCCAGUUGGUAUACCUUGUGUUUGACCAUCUCGACAUGAGGGGAACAUCAAGUUGGAAAGAGGAUUUCAGACAGAUGAUACAGAGGGAUGUUGAGGUUAGGGACACAGUUCUUGGGGUGGAUUACUUCUCAGAUGUUUACUUGGAAGGACCCCAGCACUAUGAAGAGAAUGCACUGGGGGCAUUCCUGUUUUCUGCAAAUGCCAUUUCGGAUGUCAAUGGUUAUAUCCGGAAGGCCUUCAAGCAAUAUAUGGCAGAUGAGGAAAAAGAUAACAAACUUAUGAGUGUGGAGCAAAUAUUUGAUAUGCUUAUUUCCUUCUUCCCGCACAUGCUUAUUGAUGUGUAUGAUUUCCUUGUAAAGAAGGGCCUUCCAAUUGACCGUGUACUUUGAUUGAUGCUGGGGCAAAGUUUAAUGUCUAGGAAAUGAGUCUUUAUAGCUUCUUCUGAAGAUUUAUGCUACUUUUAGGUCUCCAUAUGUGUAUUAAUAUGGAUCCUUCCAGAUUCAAGUACCAAUUACCGAGGGGCUACUUUGUAAACUUCCAGAGCUUCUUCUGCAAACUUUGUUUUUCAGAAUUUAGACUUCCAAGGCAAUAGACCCGAAAAACAUAUUCUAAAAAACUUUUAAGAAAUGCAAUGCGAAAUAUUAUUUCCCAUGCUA